AUGGUAGAUCCAGUGCAACCAACUAAACCGCCUGCUCCGCGAGGGCGUGGGCGGCCAAGAUCCGAUAAGCUGCUCAAGGCAGCAAAGGAGGAGAAAGUUCCUAAGAAGCGUGGCAGAAAACCUGGCUCUCUUGGGAAGAAGAAAUUGGCAGCGCAACGAAAGUCUGCGAGAGAUGAAGCCUCCUCGUCAAGACAAAGCCGAUUGGAGGAUAGUCCGAAUAUCUCAAGAAGGGCGGCAAAGGCGCUGCGUAUAGAAGAUAUCUUCUUGGCUCCAGGUUCGAUGCCUGCUACACGAAAUAACCCAUUAUACCCCAAUUCCUCACCAGGCAAAACAAGCUCAACAAUUGAGGGAAGUCAAGAAAAGACAUUUAUAGAGCCCGAGCUUGCCACACCACAACCCGGAUACUCCGGCUAUCCACUUGAAGCAUUACCUCCACAGCAAAAAAUAAAGCGUCCACUAUCCGGAACGCCCAGAGGAAGGAAACCCAAGGGAGAUAGUUCUCCACAAGCGACCCCGGUUCCAAGUGAUAUCGACACCACGGAAACGGAGAGGAAGUACAAAGCCCAACUCGAGACACCCGUGUCUGAAUCUAUUCUGACCGCUUCCGAAAUACGAACUCCGCUUAAAGGUAAAAAAAGAGGCCGGAAACCAAAGUGGGCAACGAACCCAGAACUCAAGUCAUCGCCCUCAGGUCUUAAAAUUCGCAUUCCAGCAACCCCAAAAUCAAGCAGAAAUGGCGAAGACUCAGCCAGAUCAGCCCCAGGUCUGUCCCGCACAAAACGACUCAAAAUCACUUCACCAAAGAAACAGCCCACGGUGGGGUUGGCGCCAGCAAUAGACAAUGCACCUGAGUCGGACGACUCAAAUAGCAAUGACGAUUUCUGUGCUACUUGUGGCGGAACCGGAGUAUUCAUCUGUUGUGAUACCUGUCCAAAAUCGUUUCACCUUCUUUGUUGCGAGCCUCCCAUACAAGAGAUCCCAGAAGAGAACUGGAACUGCAAUGAAUGUCGUGCAGCACAAGGAAUUGACCCCAGGAAGUAUCACAACAAUAUUGGUAUGUUUGGCCCGCUUAUCAAUUCCAUGCAUGGCCGCAAUCCCACUGAAUUCAGAUUGCCUAAGAAGCUCCGGGAUGCCACUUUCAUUGACGUCACUACGGGACCCGAUGACAACUACACGGACUCGCAUUUGAAACCCGAGCUUUCUUACAGCAAGGUGAAUGGGUCACAGAUCGUUGGCUUCAAUAAAAAUGAAGACUUAGACAUUGACUCCCUCUAUGAUAAAAACGGCCGGCCGUUUUUGUGCCAUCGGUGCCGAGAGUCAGGCCUUAAGAGGAGGACGAUGGUGUCUUGCGACUACUGUCCUCUCUAUUGGCAUCUAGAUUGCUUACCGGAGCCUGUUUCCCUGGCAAAAACCAUUGGCCUUAAGUGGAGAUGUCCGAACCACAUCGAAAAUCUUGUGCCAAUCAGCUGGUCUGACAGGAGAUCUUUUAGGGAUUGUGCUGUUGUUGACUCCGGUCUACACUCCAAUUUCAUAAAAAUUAUGGAGGCUAGCAAUUUCUUGAUCAAGUUCGAGGACCAGGGUUUUAUCGCAGAAAACAAGCAACCAACUUUACAGGACUAUCUUCAAUUUCAGAAGGAGGAUUUCAUAUCUAGCAAGUCAGACUAUGUUGCAAAAUUUUCUAAAAACGAUGAUGGACUGGACACUGAAAACGAUGAAGAUACAUUUCCUCUUUUCAAAGUACCUGAAUAUCUUGAAAACUAUACCGUGGGCAACAAAGUUGUUGGAAAGUCGUCUAAGAAACUGGCUCGCGUCUUAUUAAUGACCAAUGCCGAUGACAAUGAUCAGAAGCCUUUUAUUUAUCGUGUUCCAGAGAAACAGGUCCUUCUUGAUUUCAUCCACAAAGGCGAGUCGCUGAAAGCGUCCGUCCUAGCAGAGUUGAACUCCUACGAAUCAAAGAAAGAGGCAGAGCACAAAAGAGACUCUAAAGCAGCUGAAGAUCUCCAAUUCUUCAGUGAAAACAAAUCCGAGACGGCAGUUUCUAGACGAGGUGAUCCGCAUCUCAACUUGGACGAGCUUGUAGCUGCGGCCACUGCCUCCGCCACUACACAGACAACUGAUUCGGCAGUUGAUAAUUCUGAGAUCGAGGAUCUUCAGAAGAUCAAGGAAUUAAUGGAGCUCAAGGGCCGCGACGCACUCUUGAAGUUCCUCAAAUCAUAA